UUUUAUAACCGAACUUCUGAUUGGCUAAUUCUGCAAUGUCUGUAAAUAAUCGUCAAAUUGCAGCCACCGAAACAGUUUAGCAAAGGGGAACUUUUAUCUGCCUUUUAUUCACUUCUCCCCAAAAAGCAAUGAAGAUCUUGACCUGGAAUAUUAAUGGCAUCCGUGCCGCAAAGGAAUCAGUGAAGCAGUUAUUAGACUCAUUCGAUUCUGAUAUAAUUUGUCUUCAAGAGACCAAGAUAACGCGUGAUUUACUAGAUGAACAUACUGCACUGGUCGAUGGCUACAGUUCGUACUACAGUUACGCACGGGGGAAAUCAGGCUAUUCAGGUGUUGCCAUCUAUUGUAAAGAUAGUGCAACUCCAGAGAGUGCGGAAGAAGGCUUAACAGGAUUAUUGAAUGCAGACAUUGAUGAUGGUAUCGGUUGCUAUGGAGACCAGACUGUCUUCAGCGAGGAGGAAUUACAGGCAUUGGACAAUGAAGGAAGAUGCAUCCUCACUCGUCACAAGAUAAGAGGUUCUGACAAGUUUCUGGUGCUUAUCAAUCUUUAUUGUCCUCGUGCCCCCCCAGAGAAUGAAGAACGUCAAAAGUUCAAACUUGAGUUCUACAGACUUGUUCAGAUCAGGGCUGAAGCUCUUGUGAAUGAAGGACAUCAUGUGCUAGUUCUGGGUGAUAUCAAUACCUCACAUCGACCAAUUGAUGUUGGCGAUCCAGAUGAAGAGGAUGAAUUCAUGGCAAAACCUGCUCGUAAGUGGCUUGAUCAGUUUCUGUGCAGAAUCCAUAAGGAGAAUGCAGAGGAAAAUACUGUUCAUCAGUCACAGAACUCAAAUGUUACCCAAUCACAGGAGUCAGUGAGUAGCAGUGGCAGCAGUCAGGACAGUACAAAAUCAAACGUUAAAAAAAGGCUGCCACGUACAAGAUCAGGGAAACCAAUCACAAAGGCAGUUCGAGAAAACCAUGCAGAAUAUGUGCGUCAAUUUGCUCGGACUACUCCAGGCUUAUUUGUGGAUUCGUUCAGAUAUUUUCAUCCAAACCAAGAAGAAGCAUAUACCUGUUGGUGCAAUAUGACAGGCGCAAGAAAACUUAACUAUGGGACUAGAAUAGAUUUAAUAAUGGGUGAUAAAUCGUUAGUUUUGGAGAGCUUCACAGAGUGUUACCUUAUGACGGAGGUGAUGGGUUCUGAUCAUUGUCCAGUCCGGGCAGAAUUGGAUCUCAUACUAGAAACUGCAAUGAAACCACCAUCGAUCUGUACCAAAUAUUUACAUCAGUUUGCGGCAAAGCAGAAAAAGUUAGUGGACUUUUUUUCGAUGGGUUCCAAACCACUUGUGAAAUCUCCAAUAAAAACUACAUCGCCUCGAAAGGAUAGUGCCAGAAGUGAGUCUGCUCCCACUGUUGGAACUGCAUUGGACAUUUUUGGUAAAAAGAGACCUGGAUCACUGACUCAAGUGCAGCCUUCAAAGAAAGCAAAGGUCAAUACCUCAUCAUCUGGGAAACAGACAAGUAUUUUUUCUAUGUUCUCUCAAAAAAGUAAAACAGUGAAUGAAGCAACGUCGUCUGCUGACUCAGUACGAAAAUCUCAAAUCUUGUCUGGUUCUCAGAUGAAACCUAGUAUUUGUAGCUCCUCUGUAUCUGAAAGUGCUUCGUCAAACCCGCAUGCUGAACAAGCCAAAGUGUCUGUCAAUCUGGUUGUUAAAUCUGGAAAUGGGUCAAGUAAAUCUAGUGGCAGUGCUAGCUUAUGGAAGGACAUUUUCAAAGGACCACCCCCUGCUCCUUUGUGUUCAGGCCAUAAGGAGCCAUGCUUGUUGAGAACUGUCAAGAAAGACAGUAUGAAUAAAGGACGCCAGUUCUGGGUGUGUAAUCGGCCAGAUGGGCAUGCUAAAAAUCCAGAAGCGAAGUGUGAUUUUUUCAAGUGGGUUACGAAAGAAAAGAAAGGUGCUUCAAAGUGAUAGAGCUAUUCACUGAGUAAGCCAUUCAUCCAUGCAUGUUGUGGUUUGUGUUUGUGAAAUAUCAUAUGUGCCAUUUUAUUAGUUUCAUUGUCUUGAAAACACUUGUUUCUAUGAAUCUCCACCUUAGCCGAAAAACCUAACAAACAGGAAUGGUUCUUUGAGUGGUAAAUAAAGAUUUUGAAAAAAAGUAUCCCAAAUUUCUCUUACAAUCAGUUUAUUCACAGAGAAGGUCAAGGUAGAGAUUUCACAGGCAAGGUCAAUGUAGCACCAAACAUUAAGAAUAAUCUUUUGUUGGUUGGAUUAAAAAAUGUUUAUAUCAUAUGUGCCAUUUUAUUAGUUUCAUUGUCUUGAAAACACUUGUUUCUAUGAAUCUCCACCUUAGCCGAAAAACCUAACAAACAGGAAUUUUGUUGGCUUGAUUAAAAAAAGAAUUUUCAUCGGACAUGUGUGUGCUUUAUCUUGUAAUAAAUAUUUUUGUAGCAACUGUCUGCUUUUUUCAAUUACUGCUUGCAUACACAUUGU